UGGAAAGUAUUCCCAGAACUAAAGAAGAAAAGAACACCCAAUUAAUUAGUCUAGAGAAGUUUAUCCUGGCUAAAACCAAGAAGCAGGAUAUCAGGAAAGGCAGGAGAAUUCUCUAUAAGAUUUGUCCAGAGAAAAGAAAAAUUAAGCCAUUGGAUUCAGGCUGUGGAGAAGUUCCAAAAAAUAGUUCACUUCGGAUUAGUUUCAAAUAUUUAUGAGAUGUGAAGCUUGUAAAGAACUUGAAGUGCUUCGAUAUAAAUAAGAUUAGUUUUGAUUAUAUUGAUUCUAAAAAUAGGCAUUUGGUAAAUUUCUUAGAGGCCUCAUUCCCAGAUAAAACUAAUGAGUUAAAAUUUUGGUCUUGGAAUGAAAUGGAUCUUAUUAACUCAUCCAGCUCUACUAAAAAUAAAGCUUCAAUCUAAAAGUACUUAUGAAGCUUAUUGGGACAGAUCCUGAUUUCUUGAGCUUUGUGAAAUAAAAAAAAAUAUUUAAAUUCACUUCUUGAAUGGGUCAAAUUAUUGCAAUUUUAUUUUUUCUGAUUGGAACUUUUUGAAUUUUGAAUUUUAAGAAUUCUAAAGCUAAAAAUAGAAGCCUCGAAAUCAUUAUUUUUAUUGUUCAUUAAAUGUAAAAGGAGUGCUGUUAACUUAUAAAAGAAACAGAGAUAAUUCUAUUCUAGAUUCAAAGUUCAUUAAUAGUUUGUUUUUAUUAAUAAUGAUCUGAAAUCUUUAUUCCAUAAAGCAUCUAUCCUUAAACCCACUGGUCCGUCUCAGUUCUAAAGUGGCUCAAAGAGUUUCACUUCAUCGUUUUUGCAUUGGCUUCCCCCAACUGAAGAGGCUGGUAGGAGCUUACAAGCAUGUGAGAAGCUUGGGAUUCAUGUUUUGCAGGCUAUCUAUUCCAAGUGUUCCUGACUUUUCAAAGGCUCUUAUAAAUUGCCAAAUCCAGGAACUAAAUUUAGGAGGAUCAGGAGAUUCUAGUUUAAGUGACUGGGACAGCAACUUCGACCAAUUCAAAAACUUGGUACAAGGACUAGCUAGUUCUCCAGAUUUAAAAUUGAAUGCAGAGUAACCCAAAAUAAAGCUGAUCUAAUCUUUGAAGAAAACCAGUUUGGAGAAGUUAAAAUAUUUGCUGGAUAAUAAAUCUUUGCUAACUUUCGUAUUUUUCCUGCUUAGAAUAAAUGAUAUCAUUUCUCCAUAUUUAACAUGUUGUGAUUUUUAAUAUAUUUUGGAGUUCUAUUAAGUUUGCGUUCAUAUUUGUAUCUUAGAACUUUAGGAGUUUUACCUUUAGAGAAAGUUUCCUAAAUUCAGGCGGCAUAAAUACACUUUCAAUGAAUCACCAAAUCAGGUUUCUCUAGCCUUAUCAUCGAAUGGCUUACCUCCCAUUUCCUCUAAGCAGAUGAUAUAGCAAAUG